UCUCUCUCUCUCUCUCUCUCUGGUUCCGGUCAGAACUCGGGUCCAGUAAACCCGAAUCAAAAUGGCGUCAGCCGGUCCACCCGACAUGGGCUUGUCUGCCCCUCCAGAUCUGAGGACUCCGUUUUGGAGGCUGUUGACCUCUCAGAGAGGGUCCAGCGGGGUUCGAAAGAUGACUGCAACAGAGGGUCCUGGAUCAUCUCAAAGUAUGAAGAAGACCAUCGGUCACCGGGGAGUUGACCCCACAGGAGAAACAACUUACAAAAAGACAACCUCCUCUGCCUUGAAAGGUGCCAUCCAGCUUGGGAUCGCACACACAGUGGGCAGCCUGAGUCAGAAGGCCGAGAGGGACGUCCUAAUGCAGGACUUUUACGUAGUCGAGAGCAUUUUCUUUCCCAGUGAAGGAAGUAAUUUGACUCCAGCGCACCACAAUGGCGACUUCAGGUUUAAGACCUAUGCCCCCAUUGCCUUCCGCUACUUCAGAGAGCUCUUUGGCAUCAGACCUGAUGACUAUCUGUACUCUCUGUGUAAUGAUCCAUUGAUCGAGCUGUCUAACCCUGGAGCGAGCGGGUCGAUAUUUUAUGUCACCAGCGAUGAUGAGUUCAUCAUUAAAACAGUGCAGCAUAAGGAAGCUGAGUUCCUGCAGAAACUACUGCCUGGCUACUUUAUGAAUCUGAAUCAGAACAAAAGAACGCUGCUCCCAAAAUUUUACGGCUUGUACUGCGUGCAAGCGGGUGGGAAGAACAUCCGUAUGGUCGUGAUGAAUAACCUCUUGCCAAGGAGCGUGCCUAUGCAUCUCAAAUACGACCUGAAGGGUUCUACGUACAAGCGGCGCGCCUCUCCUAAAGAGAUCGAAAAGAACGUCCCCACUUACAAAGACCUGGACUUCAUCCAGGACAUGCCCGAGGGCAUCCAGCUUGAACCAGACAACUACAACGCCCUCUGCAAAACAAUCCAGCGGGACUGCCUGCUGUUGCAAAGUUUCAAGAUUAUGGACUACAGUCUGUUGGUCGGGAUCCAUAACGCCAAUCAGGCAACUCGUGAGCGGACGGGGACAGUGGAGGGUGGGGUGUCUGAAGGGGCAGUGACGCCGGACCACAGAAGGCCACAGGUUCAAAAAGCUCUGUACAGCACUGCAAUGGAGUCCAUACAGGGAGAGGCCAAAGGGAAAGGAUCAAUGGAAACAGAGGACCAAUGGGGAGGAAUCCCAGCACGUAACAGCAGAGGAGAGAGAAUACUGGUUUAUAUUGGAAUUAUUGAUAUCCUGCAGUCAUACAGGUUUAUAAAAAAAAUAGAGCAUUCCUGGAAGGCCUUGGUUCAUGAUGGGGACACAGUCUCCGUACAUCGACCAGGAUUCUACGCCGAGCGAUUUCAGCGUUUCAUGUGCAACACUGUUUUUAGAAAAGCAUUAAAAUCAUCCCCAUCAAAGAAGAGUCGAGGAGGCUGUUCAAGUGUCGUCAGACGGCUUCCUAUGGGAAUUGCUGCUCCCGCCCCCAGCGGAACGUCGGCCAUUGAUGCCAGACUCCUGUAUCGUACUCACCUUAACCAAUCUGAUGUGGAGGGGGACAGUGGCAUGCAGUCGGACAGACCGGACCUGCUUCCGCACAGCUAUCCUUUGGAUGGAAGCAGUGAGUUUGCUGAGACAAAUCUAUCAAAUUCAUCAUUAGGUAGCACAGGAAUGAUAUCUUCUUCACCUCCUCAAAGGUCAGUAGGGGUGGAGGUGCACAAAUCUGCAGUCACGGAGGCUGACAAUGGCGCCCCCCAAAGCAUGGGAGCCGAAUAUUUAGAUGAGCAAUUAAGCAGCGAAGACGCAGUUUCACUACAAGACAUCCCAGAAACUGAAAUCUGCUUUUAAGAACAGAGCGAUGAGCGGGACAGAAGAGCAGACGGCGGGGCGUAUCUGAGCGCUUGUAUAAUGGAGGUUUUCUCUGAAUGGGAGCUUUGGGUCUUCAGCACAAGAGAUCAUAAAAAUGUAUUUCAAAAAGACAGGAAAUGAAGAGAAAGCCUUGGAUGAGAGAGGUUUAAGUGGCUCUCUCCUGCACAGGUGAUGCUGCUAAACCACAGAUGUUAACCACAAAGUUAUGGGGAAAGUGAAAUGAGAUAUUUUAGUCACACGUUUUACUAUCUUUGUGUUCCCUAAACACACUCAAAACUGAACAAGCAGGAUGCACAAACUAAUUUUAGUUGUUUUUUUUCUUUGUAGUGAUGGGAGGUAGAUACACUCACGCACGUUAUAUGCAGUCAGCACCACUUUAUAUUAUUGUUGGUUUAUUUUGCAUAAAUCUUUAUUUAUUUAGGUCUUUAAACCUGAAGCUUCUCUCUGAACUGGUGUGAUGUAGAUGAGUAGCUGCUAGCGCUCCAGUGUAGAUAUAUGCAUCACACUGCAUUAAGUCAGCGAUAAAUAGAGACACCUUACAUUUCUUCAGGCAUGUCUGUACAUAUACAUAUAUGAAGGCUUAUGGUGAACCGAUGAGAGCUUCUCUUUGGUGACUUUUUCCAGCUCUUUCUGUGUUGAGACAGCAUGUGCCCUUAUAGAGAUGAAAAACUGACCAAAAAUGAUUCCCGGUUGUUAGAAAGCAGAACGCAUUUUUAUGUUGAGAAUGUUAUAUAUGACCCUAGAGUAUCUCCUAUAUUUCACGGUUGGCAUCACUGUUGCUUUCGUUAUUGCCUUUACUGUGUUGUUCUUUGUGCAUUUACAGUGCCUCGCGUUCGAUUUGGCGUGUGCGCGUUUAAAGUUUUCGUUCUUAAUUUCAGAUGCAAUGUGUUUGUGUUUCUAUGCAUUUUUCUCCCUACUCAUGGCAAGUUGUCUCUGCAAAAUUGGACCAAUAUCAAGUUUAGCAAAACAGACAGAGUGACUUUCCUAUAAAUGCAGAUUUUGUUGCCAUGCCAUGAGCCUCCAUAAUAUUCAUGUACUGUAUUUGUGUAUAUAUCUUUGUAAAUAAUUAUUCAUUGUGUUCAUGUAUGUAUUACGACAAAAUGUUACUAAUGUGCUCUUAUAGCACAUCAGCUAUUGACUGAUUGAACGAUGUGCCAUGACGUCUUCCGAUCACCUGCCUUAAUGCAGCUAUAAAAAGCAAUGCAUUGGUAUGAAAACUCAUUUCUGCUGGAUACAGAAAUCGCAAGGCCUCAAAAUACACGGACCAAUGUGGAUAUGCAUGCAUUCGCUUCAUGUACCUGCUACAGAUGCUAAACCUCAAAAACGCAUUUGUAUUUUAAUGACCUUUUCACACUAACCUGAAUUGUUUUCUGGAGGUUUAUACAAUCAUGUAAUGUGUAGACAUGACAAUUUACAAGAGGAAUCGAAUGUAAAUUGAAAUUACAUUCCGAUGGGUUCUCGGUCGAUCACAAGCACACAUUCUCUGUAACCUCAGAAACUACGUAGCUGUACUGUUUGACCUCCUUUUUGACUUUUGAUUUAAACAAAUUUACACUAAAAUGAGUUUAUUAGGGCACAUGUGAGCACUGUAUUUAACAGAGGAGCUGGAAAGUAACCCAAGGAGGCAUAGUUUCUGAUGAAUCUACUUUUCUAUUAUCUGAACAAUAGUGCUUCUGUCUGAUACAUUUAGAUUAUAAGACUGAACUGAGCUUGUCAUUUUUAACACACACUACUUCCACUUUUUUAAGUGCCCUCUUAUGCAUUUCUUAUUGGCUGUCAUUUAAACAAUAGUCUGAAGUGUUAUUAGAUGGAGGCAGGUCUUGAAGUAUUUAAAGAAGGGCUGACCGUAUUGAACUUUUCCUGAACAGUACUUUAUUAGUACGCUUCCAUCUGAAAACAGUUGGUGAAGUGCAUUCAUCUCUUAAAAAUUAUCUUUUUGCCAAGGACUACCUAAAGAAAUUUUUUCAUGCACGUAGAAUAUGCACAAGUACUUUGACAGUCUUUCCCAGACUGCUUUUGAAGAAACCACAGAACUGCUUUUUAUAAAGCUGCAGUAUUUAUGCACAUUCUGAUGGUUAAUGUGUUAAUAUCACAUUGUAGGUUGAAGGUUUAACUUAACAUUUUAUUUAUUUUUUGCUUUGCUUCUUUGGUUUGAAUCAUUUCAAUGCAUUUCUUCUUGUUUUUGUAAUUAAAGUCUUUGUCAAAUGUCUCAAAACCUAACAUGACUGGUGAUAAAUUGUCAACAUCACAGGAACUUUACUACAUACGACAAAUUACUAGUUUGCCCCUUAAAGGAAACUUUUAAAGAUACACAUCGAUAUUUAUUUUAAACUGAAUAUAAAAGCAGAAAUAUAGGCAGGUAUUUUCUGGUAUAUUUUUAUGUUGAUGUUAAAUCCUAACCAAUGUAUGGAUGAUUGUUAUUGACUGUCAGAGAUGUGGAUUAACAUCCAUCGACCAUUGUGUGAAGAUUCUGCGUUGAUUUUCUACUCAUUAAAAUUGCAUGUUUAUAAUAGAGUUCCCCUCUAUACCAUUGUGAUGGAUCAAAGUUACAGUAUACAACUGGCCUAAUAACAUUUGCUCUGUUAAAGAGUAACUAAACCCUAAACCAACUUUUUUUAGUUAAUGAUCUGUAAGAAUGAAGCUUUAUUAGUGCUGUUCAUUGAUUUUAGUAAUUUUUUUGACAUUUGGAUAUAAAGUGUUUCAAUACUACAAUAUAUGGUGUAAAAACGUCUGAUUGCUGCCCUCUUCAGGUUGAACGGUGGCUACUGCAGUUGAAUUUUCCCAUUGGAUGUUGGGUCCAAAAAAUGACUCGUGACGUAAGCAGAUUCAAGCUCACCACGCCCUUGUUACGAUCUCACCACACACUUGAUACGAGCUUAGUUCGUCCCCUCUAUCUUCGUUGGGAUCUGCCCACUUUUCUUGCAUUUUUCAAAUAUUGCAGUGGGUGGAGUCAGGCUCUGACCAGGGGUUUAGUUACUCUUUAAACACCUACAGACUUGUGGAUAAAAAUAUUUGCACCGUUGGUAAAUGUGAGCAAAGAAAGCUGUAAAAAUAAAUCUACGUUUCUUCUUUUGAGCUUCAAUAAAAAAAAUUGCUCAUAUUUACCAGGGGUGCCAACUACCAAUAUUUGUGUCCACAACUGUGUUAUGUUUUUUAUUUAGAAAUUUAGAUUGAUACAGUUGUCAUGUAAUUCUGACAAAGUUAAAAUCACAUACCUGUGUUAGUUUUUACCUAAUUUUACAUUCAGGGCUCACUUCCUAUUUCUAUUAUCUGUUUUUUGUUAUAUUCAACAGGGUAAAACGUUACCCAUCUCAAAAUGACAAAAUUCAGCACACUUUCACCAUAAUACUCGGACCAAUAGAUUGGCCUGUUAAACUGUUAUUUUAGUUUAUAAGUUUGCAUUAUAGGUUCUAGAAACACUAAAACACACUCUAAAAAAAUGGUGGGUUGCUAUUACCCAGGUUUGGGUCACUAUUGGACAGAACACACUGCAGGAUUAAAAUGACCCAACUGCUAGGUUGUUUUAACCUAACUACUGGGUUGUUUCAAUUCAUGGUUAAUUGACAUUAACCCAGCAGUGUGUUUUGUCCAAUAGUGACCCAACCCUGGGUUAAAAACAACCCAGCACUUUAGAUUAUAUAACUUAAAGGCCCCAAACGUAACUCUGUUGGCUUGACAAUAAUACAAAAGUAACACUAACUACACAUUAACCUAAAUACAUUGUGAGCAUAUCCUUUGGUCUUUAGGUUUACUUUUUUUCUAUAUAAAUUUUCAGAAAUACUAAUGAGCAAUUUUGUGUUGAUUUCAAUAAUGAACAAAUGUUUGUACAACAGACACAUCAGUUGUGCACAGUGCACACAUCUUAAAUGCUGGCAAACCGGACACUAAACACAAUCUACUGCAAUAUGAACAUUUCUGCUAAUGUCUUUUAUUGUAUUUAUUAUGAAACUUGUUGUCUUUUUUUAAUCUUGUAGGCCUGUAUGAUUUUUACAUUAUUUUUGUAUUUUAGAUGAUUGUAUGUAAUGUGUAAUCUGGCAGUUAGUAUAUUUCUCCAAUUGAAGUAGUAGAAGGCUAUGUACUUUAUUUUGUGUGGGAUGGAGCUUCUUGACAAUAUCAUUUUUUUUUUAUUAUAUGUUUAGGGUGUGUUUACGAUAAAGAUUCCUGUUACUUAUAAAUGUGUGGAAGUUUCUUUUCCACAUGUGAAUGUCUGGCGAAACAACAACUGGCAAGUGCUUUAAUGCUAUAUUUUUACUGGGCCUGUAUAAAAUGUAUAUAUAAUGUGUAUAUACUGCAGUAAGCAAGUCACGAGAAUGCCUUUUCUCUUGCGUGGUGUUUGUUGCCUGUUUCUCAUUUCAUCUUUCAGUGACGUGGUGAUGGUAUUUUUCACAUUGUCUUUCUGAUUUGAAAAAGAAUAAAAAUAUUUUUCAAACUU